AUGGAUUUCUAUGGCAACAAAAAAUCUCUCCUUUCCCUAAUGACUGAUACCGAAAAUAACAACGAAUUCCAACAACAAAAAUCUCCAAACAUCAAUCACCUUCGUAUUCAAACCCAUAGAGACAUCACCAUAACACGACAACCACCACAAGAUGAUGUUAACAAUGUUCAAUUUAGUUCUCCAAGAACCUCAACAUCUGAAAACACAACUACAACUAUGUUUCCUAUGAUGUCUUCGCCGACACACCCGUGUCCGGACUCACCAUGGACACUUUCCUCCGUUCCGCCGCCGCCAAACCCUUCGCCUUCCUUGCUCUACCACUGCAUAGCCUCCCUCCACCGCCACGAGGGCAACAUCUAUGCCAUAGCGGCUUCUAAGGGAUUGGUGUUUACUGGCUCUAACAGCACCAGAAUUCGCGUCUGGAAGCAACCCGAUUGUAUGGACAAAGGGUACCUCAAGGCGAGUUCUGGUGAGGUUAGAGCCAUAUUGGCUUAUAGCAACACACUUUUCUCCACCCACAAGGACCACAAAAUCAGGAUAUGGAACUUCACUGUAUCGGACACUUUCAAAUCCAAGAAAGUGGGUACGCUACCUAGGAAAAGCUCGUUCCUGUUGUUCCCAAGAGGGAACCAGCAAAAUCCAAAGCACAAGGAGAAUGUUUCUUGCAUGGCUUAUUACCAUUCGGAGGGGCUAUUGUACACUGGGUCACACGAUAGAACGGUGAAGGCUUGGAGGGUCUCUGAUAGGAAAUGCGUUGACUCGUUUCUUGCACAUGAAGAUAACAUAAACUCCAUGUUGGUCAACCAAGACGAUGGCUGCCUCUUCACUUCAUCUUCUGAUGGAUCAGUCAAGAUAUGGAGAAGGGUAUACACGGAAGACUCGCACACUUUGACAAUGACGUUGAAGUUCCAACCUUCACCUGUGAAUGCACUUGCUCUAAGCUCCUCCUUCAACCACUGCUUCCUCUAUUCAGGUUCCUCCGACGGAAUGAUCAACUUCUGGGAGAAAGAGAGGCUAUGCUACCGGUUCAACCACGGAGGAUUCUUGCAGGGCCACCGGUUCGCGGUUCUUUGCUUAGCAACGGUUGGUAAUCUUGUAUUCAGCGGCUCGGAAGACACCACCAUUAGGGUGUGGAGGAGGGAGGAAGGCAGCUGCUACCACGAGUGCUUGGCGGUUCUUGACGGACACCGUGGACCCGUCAGGUGUCUGGCGGCGUGCCUCCAGAUGGAAAAGGUUGUUUUGGGUUUCUUGAUUUAUAGUGCUAGUUUGGACCAAACAUUUAAGGUUUGGAGGAUUAAGAUUUUGAGUGAAGAUAAUGAUGAAAAGAUGUGUUUGGAAUAUGAUGCAACAAUAAGUAGCAGUGGUAGGGAAGGGAGGGUUAAAGUUAGGGAUUAUGAUAUGAGUCCUGUUUUGUCGCCUUCAUGGGUCGAGAAGAAGCUACAAGGUACCUACUUCCACUGA